UUUAGAACCGGUUUGGCAGAGGAGAGCCAAUCCCUUCAGGAACUGGGCGUGGCUUCGGUUACUGUGGCAGCGGGGACGCUUAGCCCGGGCCUGAGGCCAGUUUAGAGGCUAAUGCUCCUCCCGUUCUUUACAUGGCACCCAAGAAAGAGAAAGGCGGGACAACCACCACCAGCUCUAAGAUAUGGGAACCCUCGCUCAUAGCUGCACAAUUCAACCAGAACGACUGGAAGGGCUCCAUCGCUUUUGUCGUUGGAAACCGGAUCGAGGACGAGGUUCUCAUUCGCGCUCUCACCCUCGCUGUCCAAGUCCCUCAGCGCAGACUCUUCAGUAUGGUCUCCUGGCAAGACAUCGUCCAGCAGGUCAAUGGAUCAAGUGCAAUUUUUGGAAGUACAUCUAAAAAGGCAAAGAAACCUCUAAGUGGUAAUGCUCCCUUGUAUUAUGAGGUGUUAACGGCAGCAAAAGCAAUUAUAGACAGCGGAGAGAAAUUAACCUUACCACUGAUAGGGAAACUCCUGAAAUUUCAGCUUCUUCAGAUUAAGUUGAAAGACCAACAGCGACGGGAAAGCGAGAAGAAGGUCAUAGAAGACAGUUUUAAGAUAGAAAAGGAUAAAGUGAAAGCAAAAUCUCCCAAGGAGAAGAAGUCCCCAUCUGCCAAGGUUGCCAAAGGAAAGGGAAAGGACCAGCCAGAGGCAAACAUUGCCGUGAAAAAGACCACCCAGUUAGUGAGGAGGGGAGAAGAGGAUGACACCAAACAAUACAUUGACGAUGAGCCAGAUGACGGUGCCCAGCAUUACUUUAUAGUCGUGGGCUUCAACAAUCCUCAGCUAUUAGCGAUCAUGACGGAGCUUGGCAUUCCCAUAAGCAGCGUGAUUAAAAUAUCUUCAGAGAAUUAUGAACCUCUGCAGACACACCUGGCAGCAGUUAGCCAACAGCAGGAAAGUUUUCUUCAGCCAGAAGAAAUAGAAGCUGAAAAACUGAAGAAAGAGAAUGGCAUAAAAGAACUUGAAAUCUUCUGGAAGUACUUGGAACCAAUCCUGAAUAACCAGAAACCAGAAACAAAUCUCUUUGAUGUCGCUCGGCUUGAAUACACGGUCAAGGCUGACAAGUUUCCUUCUGACUGGUCAGACAGCGAGAUGUUGCUGGAAUUGGGCACCGAAAUAUUUGAAAAUGUUGCCUGUUUGAUGUACGACACCCUGGAUUGGAAAAGGCAGCACCAGCACUAUUUGGAAAGCAUGCAGCUUAUUAACGUCCCACAGGUGGUUAGUGAGAAGCCUAUCUUUGAAGUGACGGUGAUUCCUGAGCCUCCACAACCUGUUGUCACAAUCCCUGGAAAGAAGAAAACACAACAAUAUGAAGAGCCACAAAUCCCAGCUCCUCCUCCACCAACACUGCUACCACCAGCACCAGUGGCUUCCAUCAUCACAAAUGAAGUAGACAUGAGAUACUACAAUGAUUUGCUGAAUCCCAUUCCAGAGGAAUUCAUUUCUGUGCCCUUGAUACUGCACUGUAUGCUGGAACAGACUUCCUGUGUGACCUCGUACACAUGGUCAGUUCUUAUGAAUGCUGUAGAUGCAUUUGAGAAAAUAUUCUUGGGCUUCCCUUGUUACGUGCUAAAGGACCUAAAGAAUUUUGAUCCAGUUCAAAUUGAACAAGAGAUGCAGUCCAAGUUGCCACUGUGGGAAUUCCUUAAAUUCCCUCUGCCCCCGCCAUGGAAUAGCACAAAACGUCUAGCUACAAUUCAUGAGCUCAUGCACUUUUGUACAAAUGAAGUCUUGAACUGGAAUGAAGUAGAACGAGCCUUCAAAGUGUUUACUUUUGAGAGCCUGAAACUCUCUGAGGUUGAUGAAGAUGGGAAUCUAAAGCGUUCUAGGAUGAUGUAUGGGACAGAUUCUGAGAUGUUCAACAUACCAUGGGACAACCCUUCCAGAUUUGCUAAACAGAUAAGGCAACAAUACAUCAUGAAAAUGAAUAUCCAAGAAGCCAAACAGCAAACAGAUGAUGGAACCAAAGACAGAAUUUUAUUUCUGAAUCAGAAUUGGUCAACACCUAUGCCAGAUGAUGAGCUCAACAAAGAACCAUCAGAUCAUCAUCAGCCUGGUAGUAACAAGAAAUCCUUAGACUCUGAUAGUAGAGAACCAAUAGAGCAGGAGAGAAACUUGAAGUCUCAGCUCCAACCUGAGACUCUGGAGCAGACCAUGAACAAUGAGAUCAAAGAUGAAGCGGUCACAAAUGCUGAUCUUCUUGAAAAGAAACCAAAGAAGAUGACUGUAGAAGCCGAGUUAGACGACAUAAAGAAAACCCAGCAACGCAAUCUAAUGGACUGGAGUUUUACUGAACAUUUUAAACCAGAAGUUCUGCUUCAGGUUCUUCAAGAAGCCGAUCAGCAAUACAGGUGUAUUGAUUCUUAUUACCAUACACAAGACAACUCUUUACUGUUGGUCUUUCAUAACCCAAUGAAUCUACAGCGUCUGCGUCAUGAACACUGGAACGCUGGCCUUCACUCCAAUGUUGGAUUCAGAAAUUAUUUGGAACUUGUUGCAAAAUCCAUUCAAGAUUGGAUCAUAAAUGAAGAAGCUCUAUAUCAGGAAACUAAAAUGUCUGAUGAAAUCAAUAAAGCCAAGUAUGAGCUGGAAAUAAAAUCUUCUGCUGGUAUCAAAGUUUCUUCUACUAGCAAAAUUUUUUCUAUUAAAAAAUCUAAAAGUAACAAAGGAAUGAGCAAAACAGAAAUAUCAGAUCAAGAAAAAGACAAAGAAAAAGAGAAGGAAAAGAUUCAUUUUGUUUUAGAAGGCUCUCUCAAGGCCUGGAAAGAAGAACAAGAUCGGUUAGCUGAAGAGGAACGCUUAAAGGAAGAAAAAAAAGCAGAAAAGAAGAGUAAGGAGGCUGGUAAAAAGAAAGGCAAGGAAAAACCAGAAAAAGAAGAUAGUAAGGUUUUCAAGAAAAAAUCUUUUAUAAGGGAAAAAUCGAAAGAAGAGCAAAUGAAGAUCCCGGAAAUAACAGAGGAGCCCCUCCAGGAACCAGAACCUGAGAUAGUUUACCCGUUUCAUGGAUACAACAUGGGAGAAAUACCCGUGCAAAUCUCAGGAACAAAUUAUUAUCUGUAUCCUUCUGAUGGAGGGCAGAUUGAAGUAGAAAAGACAACAUUUGAAAAAGGUCCAACAUUUAUCAAAGUGAAAGUGAAAAAGGACAAGCACAAUUUUUUAAUUCACUUAAGAGACCCUAGGAAAAUUGUGGAACAGGAGAAAAAAGAAGGGGAUUAUACUUCAGAAGAUGAGAAAGAAGAAAGAGAAGGAGAGCAAAACUUUGAAGCAGAAGAAUCAAAUGAAGAGAAUAAAGCUGUCAGCAAGUUUGGAUCUUUUUCUGCCACCUUGGAAAAUGGAAUCUGCCUCUCAAUAAGUUACUAUGGAUCAAGUGGAUCAGCACCAGAGGAUAAGGAUCCUAACUUGGAAUCUAUGUUGAAUAUCCCAUCAGUACAUACUCCAACAGUGAUUCCUGUUAUAGUGAGUAUUCCUCAAGGCAAAGGCAAAGGUAAAACAAAAGGGAAGGAAAAACCCAAAGACUCUCUUAAAGAAGAGGAGCGCCCAAAAGAAGAAGAGAAAAAGGUAAGUGGACCCUGCCAUGGAUUCCCAGAUUCUGCUUCUGACUCAAUAGAUGAGAAGACUGUGUUAACUUUGAAAGAUGAUCAAUGUAUUAUAGAUGAGGAACCCACUUGGGAUAUCAUGGUCCGACAGAACUACCCCCAGAAGGUGAAGCACUAUGAGUUCUACAAAAUGGUGAUGCCACCGCUGGAGCAGGAAGCAUCAAGAGUUAUCACCAGUCAAGGCACUGUUGUCAAAUACAUGCUGGAUGGAUCCACACAGAUUCUCUUUGCAGAUGGGACUGUGAGCUGUAGUCCUGAUUCAGGGCCUGUCAGUCUUCCUACUGACAGGCCAGCCAGCGCUCACAGUGCUGACUUGAUGGACACGCUUUCUCAGCAGAAAUCAGAAACAGCACCAUCGGAGACUGUCAUCACAAAGAAAGGAAAAAUUCAGAAAAAUCAGUCAUCUAUGGCACAUAAAAAUGAAAGCCAUGAACCUCCCCCAGAAACAGUUCAAACAAUAACUCCUAUGGAUGUUCACUUAGGCACCUGGUUUACAACUACACCUCAAGGAAAUCGGAUUGGCACCAAAGGAUUAGAAAGAAUAGCAGACUUGGCCCCGUUUUUAUCCUUUAAAGCCACAGAUCCUGUCAAUGGAACGGUUAUGACAACUCGAGAAGACAAAGUGAUCAUCGUUGAAAAGAAAGAUGGUACUCGGAUAGUGGAUCAUGCUGAUGGUACCAGAAUCACAACCUUUUAUCAGGUUUAUGAAGACACUAUUUCUUCGGAGGAUCAAGAGACAGCCGAAGGUCCCCAGAGGAUCACCAGGCAGGUGAAGUGCAUGCGGAUUGAAAGCUUGCACUACGCCACUGUCAUCACCAACUGCGAGGACAGUAGCUGCUGCGCCACCUUUGGGGAUGGGACGUCCAUCAUUGCAAAGCCACAGGGAACGUACCAG